UUUCUCGAGGAAGAAAUAGAAUAGAAAAAUGCGCGUCUCAGCUAUCCUAUCAACGGUCGCGGCCGUGGGCCCCAUCGUGGCGUCGGCCGCGACGGCGGGUGGCAAAAUGGGCUUCUCCUUGGGCAACAAGAAAGACGACAUGUCGUGCAAGGACGCAAGCGAUUACAAGGCCGACUUUGCAGCGAUUUCCGCCCAGACUUCGGCCAAGAUCGUGCGUACCUACGCCGCGUCUGAUUGUGACCUUGCCAAGACCAUCCUGCCUGUUGCUAAGGAGGCUGGCUUCCAGGUCGUGCUUGGAAUUUGGCCCGACACCGACGAGUCCUUCCAAGCUGACAAGGCGGCUGUCCUCGCGAACGCGCCCAAGUACAAGGACCAGGUUUACGCCAUCACGGUGGGCUCGGAGUCCCUGUACCGAAGAAACUUCACGGGCGCGGAGCUGGCGUCCAAGAUCCAGGACGUCAAGUCGGCCGUCGGCACCGACUUCAAGGUGGGCACGGCGGACUCGUGGAACCGGUACGACGACGGCAGCGCCGACGCGCUCAUCGGCAGCGUCGACAUCCUGCUCUGCAACGCCUUCUCCUACUGGCAGGGGCAGGCCACGAACAACGCCACCGGCUCCUUCUACGACGACAUCUACCGGGCCUUCGGCAAGAUCCAGGAGCGCGCCAACAGCACCGACAAGAUCGAGCUCUGGGUCGGCGAGACGGGCUGGCCCACCAAGGGCGACAAGUACCAGAACGCGCAGCCCGGCGUCACGCAGGCCGCGACCUUUUACAAGCAGGCCAUCUGCGGCAUGCUCGACUGGGGCUUCAACGUCUUCGUCUUCGAGGCCUUCGACGAGGCCUGGAAGCCCAAGACGGCCGGCGAGGACGGCACCAUCGCCGACGAGACCUCGUGGGGUGUCAUGACUUCGGACCGGAAGGCCAAGUACGACCUAAAGUGCUAAGUUUUUUUUUUUUCCAUCUUGGUAUAAAACUUGGUAGCCCCCGUUUUGGGUCUUUCUGUGUCUUUGUGUUUUUUUUUUUAGUUUCUGGGUUGCGAGGCGAUGAGGCGAUGUGAUGAGAGGCAUUGUGAUGCAUGCAUGCAUGGGAGGGUGGGAGAGGGAGAGUGAGAGAACGAGGAAAGGAGAAAGGAGAAAGGAGAAGAAGGGCACAUCUUUUGCCAGAUGGCCGAAGCAAGCAAGCAAGCUGUUGUUGGUGUACCUAUCGUUGUUUCUGUUGCAUAUACCACCACACCACAUCAACCAGGUUGAAUUGAAUAAAGUCUCGACGGUAGCUGUUGAUACUUGCCUACCUACCUACCAAAGUAUGUCUUGCAUGAGAAAGAAGAGAGAAAGAAAAAAACAAAA